ACUAUAAUAUUCAAAGUUACCGAUAACAGCUCAAUCCUGCAAACCCUAAAAUAAAAAAUCGUAAAUUUGUUUGCGUUCCUCCGCCACAACUAACGAGUCUGAUAGGAUUCCAAAUUCUUAUCUCAAUCUCUCUUGCUCUUUAACUUCCAUUCCAUUGCUGCCUGGCUCUUCGCAUAUUGCUUCUCACUGAUCAAAUUCCACUUUCGCAGCCACAACACUGCCGCCAAUCGCCAUGGCUAGCCGAGGAGGCAGCGGUGGUAGAGACCGAUUUCGCAGAGAUUUUGGGUCUUCACGUUACGAAGACAGUACUAGUAGUAAUAGCAGUAGUAAGCGAGGCAAUAAUCCCCCUUCAAGGCACCUAUGGGUUGGGAAUUUGUCGCACAGUUUGGUGGAGAAUGAAUUGACCGAUCACUUUUUGCAGUAUGGGGAGUUGGACACAGUAGCUUUCCAGGCAGGGCGGAGCUACGCAUUUAUUAAUUUUAAGAGGGAAGAUGAUGCGAUUGUAGCCAUGAAGGAUCUCCAGGGUUUUCCACUUGCUGGCAACCCGCUUAGGAUUGAGUUUGCCAAGGCGGAGAAGUCAUCUGUACCAUCACGUGAUGAAGAUUACUUGCAACGGCGAGAUGAACAGCGCUCUGGAUUAAAAGGAGGCCCUUUCUCUCAGAGGGACUCUAGACUUCGUAAUGCUAGUCCUGACCCAUAUUAUGUUGACAAAUCCAAGAUAAAUGAUAGGAGUGCUGAACCUAGUGAGGUGUUAUGGAUAGGUUUUCCAGCCUUGUUGAAGGUAGAUGAAAUGAUCUUAAGAAAGGCUUUUUCACCAUUUGGUGAGAUUGAAAAGAUUACCGUAUUUCCAGGCCGUAGUUAUGCUUUUGUUCGCUUUAGGAGCUUAACGUCAGCAUGCAGGGCAAAAGAAACCCUUCAGGGAAAAUUAUUUGGAAAUCCUCGUGUACAUAUUUGUUUUGCUAAGAGUGAAGCUGGCUCAUCUAGUAGUGGGAGGACACCUCUCUCUCCAUAUUAUAAGUCAAAUGGUCACUCAGGAGCUUCUGAGAACUUUCGGCAGGAUAGGAAUUUUGGAAGCUUAAUGUCAGAUACCAGCAUUAGAUCUCCUCGUUAUAUGUCAAAUUUAGAUUCAGACUCUGAUGUCCAUGGCUUCAACAGGAAGGGUAUGUUGUAUCCUGGUGGAAGCAAUACGUUUGAUAAUUGGAGGUUUGGGGAAGAACUAGGACCACCACCAGAUGUGUAUGAACGCCGUGGGAGUCCUACAAGAGAAAGGGGCCCUAACUUUGACGAAUUUGCCCAGAAAUUUCCUCAGAAGUCUUCAUAUUAUGAAGAACCUUGGGACUUGCCUGAAGAUUCCUAUAUGUUCCGUGGAGCCAAAAAAUUGAAGACAGGCUCCUUUCCUCCUGACAAAGAGCUUCCAGAAUAUCCUUUCUCUGACCUAGAAGAGGAGAAACAAGCUUUUCCAAGAGCAUUCUCUGAUUUUCCCCAACCUGAGUCAUUUGAAAAGAACUAUGGAUAUAAGCCAAACUCUGACCGCCUAAGUUCUUUAUCUCUUCCUCUUGAAGAAAGGAGUGAUCACUGGAAAGCUUCUUAUGACAAUUUCCGGAAUGGCUCUGGUUCUGUGCCUUCAGACCCUGUUGAGAGGAAAAGAUUCACUCCUGAGCCGGAACAAUCCUCUUUGAACCUAUGGAAAUGGGAAGGAACUAUAGCAAAGGGUGGAACUCCUGUCUGUCAUGCCCGUGGCUUUCCUGUAGGAAAGUCCCUGGACAUCAUGUUACCUGAAUUUCUGGAUUGCACUGCAAGGACUGGUCUAGACAUGCUUGCAAAGCACUACUAUCAAGCAGCUUCUGCUUGGGUUGUUUUCUUUGCCCCUGCUAGUGAUGCUGACAUUGGGUACUACAAUGAAUUCAUGCAUUAUCUUGAGGAGAAGCAGCGAGCUGCAGUUGCUAAAUUGGAUGAUAAAACCACCUUGUUUCUUGUACCCCCAUCUGAUUUCGCAGAGAAAGUACUGAGAGUACCUGGGAAACUAUGUAUUUCUGGUGUUGUUUUGAGAUUAGAGCUCCCUGGUUCAAAUUUUGGGUCUCUUAUCCAUCCAAAUGAGAAAAGGGAAACAUUGUCUUUUCAUGGGGACGCACAAUACACAAAGCCACCCACACCUUCAGGUCAUUUUCAUCCAAUGGGUUCUUUUACAGAUUUGGCCAGGUCGGGUGGUGAUCCAUCCUUUUUGAGGGAUGUGUCUACAUCAGGUCCACCCACAGCAUUUUCAGGUUCAGCCCAUCUUGUUGGAAGGAUGUCUGAUUCUUACAACGAUGGUAGGAAUGAUUAUCCACUUCAACAGCGGAACCCCAUGCCUGGACCCAACUUGUCUCCUCACCAUCGACAGAACUCUCUUUCUGGUAACAGAAAUACACCUUCACAAGCAUCCAAUACUGUUAUUGAUACAGCCCAGGAGCAUCACUUAGUCAUAGCAAGGGCUGUGCAAGAGGAAGGCUUAGCUCUUCAUGCAGCUGGCAUGUCAAGUAACCUAGCAUCUGGAACCAGCAAGCCAUUCCUUCAGGAAAAUAAAUCCUCGGUUCCUCUGUCUCUGCCUGCUGCUGGCUUGCAACCGCAACAACUUGCACAACUAGCUUCAUCUCUUCUUGGGCAGCAAAGACAACCAGGGAGCAAUGCAAAUGUAUCCAUGGGAGAAGAUAUUAGGCACGCAAACACAAUGAAUCAGUUGGAGAACCAGUUUAGAACAGCACACACACAUGCUAUACAGAAUAAUCGGGUAGGUUCUGAGAUUCCAACAUCUCAAUUUGGUCAACCACAACAGUUGCAGCAGCAGCAGGCAUCAAAUGUGCCUAAAGCAGUACAAGCCCCACUUCCAAGGGAGGUUCAGCCAGGGACUUCAACGAAUCCUCAGAUGCCAAGUACUGGUACACAAGAAGCAGAAGAUGGAGAUCCGCAGAAACGCCUGCAAGCAACAUUACAGCUGGCAGCAGCUCUUCUUCAACAGAUUCAACAAGGAAAAGGAACUUGACUGGUGCCCGCCCAAUUAUCAGAUAUAUUGGUUUCAUCCAUACCCAUUCCCAUGUGGGUGGAGUGGGCCACAAUGGUUAGUCUUCAGAGAAUGGAUCAGAAUAUCCUUGCAAGUAGUGCUAUGUAUUAAAAGAGUAUCACUACACUUCAUUAGUUGGGGUUCGCUGGUUGCAAUUUGCUGUGUCUAAGGCAGUGACCUGUGUCUAAGGCAGUGACCUGUGCUACUUUGUUUACUUUCUUUUUAUUCACUCAAGUGGGAACUAGCCAGUCUUUGUCACUUUGUCAAAAUACCAGAAAAUUUAAGCUAUCAGAUAGUCUCCUAGCCCUUUAUUUUUGAGAGUUAAA